CCGCCGGGGCACGGCCCUGCGCCCCCUCCGCUGCCUCUCCUGGCGCCCGGGCCCCGCGGGAGCGCCCCGGGAGGGGUUACCGGGAGGUGGGGGGCAGUGGCAAGAGGAUCCCCCGGCAGAGCUCUCCAUCACUCCACGCCGCUGCCUCCGCGCUGCCGGUGGCCUGUCCCCCCGGGAGGGCACGUUUCCCGGCCAGAGUACGGCGCAGCGCGGCCGGGGGAGCCCCCGGCUGCCUCGGCCGCUUCGUGUCCGCGCCUCGGCGGCUCUGGCCGCUGUGCCAAGCGCGGUCUGUGUCCCCGUCCUCCGCCAAGUCCCGGAGAGAUCCCUUUAGUAACGGGAAAACCCGCAGCUUCAGAGCCUUUGAAGAGGCUGGGGGCCCUUUGGAGAGGCAGGGGGGCGGGGAGAGCCGCAGGGAGGUUCUGGCAUCGCGGUUUUACUCCCCCUUGGUGGAAGCACCCGGGCUGCUCGGUAUCGUUGGCUGUGGGGGAGCUGAAGGGCACAGGGAGAAAUGUCGCCUCAGGUUUUCUGAUAGCAUGACGGGGGGGAAGCGGGAGGCAGCUUUAUUCUGGCCUCUGCAGUGGCUGUGAGGGCAGAGGGCUCUCCUUGAGCUACAGCAUCUCUGUUGGCGGUGGUGGUCCUGGGGAGCAUCAGGCUGGGGCAGGCAGCUGGUCUGGUUCUGCUGGCUGAGCAAAUGCCUCCCUCCCUGACGAGCGCUGGCCCUGCAGCCUCGGCUGCCCUACAACAAGGCAGAAACACAGCGGCUUGGUGGCUGUCCCCGCGCUCUGUGCGUCAGUACACAGCCACUGACUGACCAGGCUUUUGUGCCAAGCCAGAAAACUGCAGAAAUGGUGGCUGCGCUUCUAUGGAGUUGCUUUGUAAAGGAAGCCUGCUCUCCUCUGACUUCAGGGGCUACUGUCCCAUGAGCGCUGUCUCAGGGCACGCUCUGUUGCUGGAGACCACAGGGAGGGAGGGUUAGUUCGGGAGUGAUUCAGCAACAUGUGGAUGUUCAGGUGCUUUUGGUCCUGACAGUCUGCAGGUGCGCUAGGCUGCUGCAGGUAAUUUCUUGCCCCUAGGACAGGAUACAGCUCAAAUGAGUCUCAGGGAGCUGCUGCCCUUUCUCAGUAUGGAUGGUCCGAAGGCAGAAGCUGCAUUUAAGGAUGGGAGGAGGGAUGGGGCCUACACAACACAUUUGGGGUGUCUGUGUGCUAGCGUUUUGCACCAGGAGUGCUGGUUUGUUACGAGUUCGCUGUUUUGUGGCUCGCUGACACUUGAAUGUACUUUGGUUAUGAUCGCUACAGCCAAGCAAACAUCUCUGUGGAAUCUUUCCCCUGUGCACCCCAAGUUUCUCUCCUGGCCCACAAGCAUCUGCUGGAAAUACUUUAUUCAUCAUGGCAGUGAGUAAGACUCUUAAGGAUCUUGGGUGUAAAGAUCUGAGUUUCCUUCCUGAGAACUGACUAAUUCAUGAAUCACAGUAAAAUCUAACUCAGAGUGGACCAGGAGCUGGCAGAUGGAGCAGUCACCUGCUCUCUUGGCUUUACAGUCUAGGAUCCAAAUGGAGUCACUCCUUGGCAUCUUGGGUAGCUAGGAUGGUCCCUUAUGCUUUCUGUCAGCUAAGGUCAGCUUGGUGAGGGUGGCAAUGGAACCUCUUUGUGCUGCCAGCCUGUCUGGUGGCCAUCCAGCCUUGCUCUCAUCGGCAUCAGUCUGGGUCUCUGUAGAUGGAGUGGCAUGUGAACGUCAAGGCAGGUGUGCUCCGAAGACUGGAGAUCUGGUGGGGAGACUUUUCUGGGUUCAGGUUUUGCUUUGCUGCAUUUCAGGCUCAGCAGCUCAAAAAAAAAAAAAAAAAAAAUCAAACAGCCACGCUGAAAGUCUCAGUGUUGGUUUCUGCAUUUUCUCAGGUGCUGGAGCUUUGCCUCCGAACCCUUAGGCAAGCUGGGCUUGGUAGGCUUGAGAGGCUUCACCCUUUCUGCCUGGCCUGCCAGAACUGGCUACAAAGCACACUACCUCCUCUAAAGGAUAUGACUUCUCAGGGACAGCUCCUUCAGCUGAAAUUCCCAGGGUCUGGGACCCGCUGGCCUUGGCGAGCCCCCAGUGUACCAGCAAACUCAAGGCCAUUAUGUCACGUGCUCCAAAUAUCUGAGUUUUCAUGUAUGUGGCCUGUGCUGCUGCCUGCAAGAAGAUGUGAGGGAAUUCUCUUAAUCAUUUUCUGGCUUGAAAACAGGUUCCCGCUGCUCCACAGUGUGAAGUGAAGCACUGGGCUUGUUUGGAAGAGGAAGCACAUUCUGCUUAUGUGGUCCAGUACAUCUACAUUGCCAACCCACGCUAUGACUGAAGCUGGCAGGAGGCUUUGUAAGCUGUCCAUAAACAUGGCGUGGGCCACGCAGUUUCUGCAAAAUGGAUGAGGACAAGUGCAGCUGGUGACCUCCUGGUUCAGAGAAUCACUUGUGAGCAGUGCUUCUCAGGGCAUCGGCACUAGCAUUGUUCCCUGGCUUACCCGUCUGUAAAAGAUCUGCUCAUCUAGAGCCUGUAGGCCACGCUGCCUCACAUCAUGGAGUCAACUUUUCCUUUAGAAGCUGAACAGUAGCUCAUGCUGAGUCUCACCGAAUUCAUCCCACUCGUUUGACGUCAGGGCAUUGCUGAGUGGUAGCAACCUGUUCUGAGCUGGCCUGCUGCCACCUAUUCAAGACACCAUCACCUUGCACAGCGGACAGGUAAAGGGCACAGUCCCUCUUGGAGUAGCUGCUGGCCAAGGAUGUUGCAGAGAGGGAGCUCCUGGGCAAAUUUACGAGCCAGGAAUAUUGAGAUCCUUUGAUACGGACUGCCUCCAAUGACCUGAGCACUCUCAUCUGUCAGUUUACCUGUCUGAAAAAUGAGCACAGAGAUGUCUGUCAUGGUGAAGACUAGAGGGAGAUUAGGAAUACCACAGUGAUGGGUAGCACAGCUGAAGCUGUUAACUAUCACUCUGCUGCCUGGAGAGGAGACUUGCUUGAUGCUGGCAUGUAGAGGUUUGGCACUGCUUGUGCCAUAAAAUAGCACUGGUUGCAACGGUAGCUCCUCUCCUGUGUCUGCAGGGAGACACUGGGAAGGGGGAAUUGAGCCGUGACCCAUAUUUCCAGUCCUUGGCCGAGGCAAAGGGCUCCUUGUGCUUAUAUUUUGGUGCACUUUGUGGUGGAGUGUAGGAACCACUGUCUAAUCCCAGUGCAUCUGGAGACCUGCACAUUUUGCUGAGCAUCUCAAGGCCUGAAUUAGUUUCCAUUUCUUGUUUCUCCCUAAACUGGGAAUUUGGCAGUCCCAAACCUGUUUGGGUCCUGACGCUUAGAACCAAUUAUUUAAUGACCCAAAUGUUAGCACAGAUGCCUCUAAAUCCCUCAACCAUGGAGUCCUGCUUGGAGAUGCUGUGAUCCUCCGAGUGCAAAAUACUGAAGGCAAAAGCUGAAUUUGAAGAUGUCUGCAGGAAGAGUUGCUGCCUGUGCAAAGUGUGUGUGAGAGGGAGAAAACUGUGUACGCAGAGAGGCACUAAGCAGGUUUGAUACCCUUGAUCUCUUUCAGGUGUGGGAAUGUCCCAAUGCAGGCACUGAGGCCUUGUGCUCCCUGCCCUCUCAGCUAAAGCACUUCUGAGCGUGAGCUGGCAUGAUUGAGAGCCACUCUGAGCUGAGUUUCCAAACAAAACUCCCCAGGAGUAAUGGGGAAAGAGGCUUUAAUUAGAAAAGACCUCCAACCUUCUGUGUGCACCAGAGCCGAUUGAUUACAACCCACUGAGUUGCUGAAAGACACUGACUAGGUCAAUGUGCUGAGUGCCCUUCUUGCCUGAAGCCAGUGCUGUCUCUGUGCUGUAGAGCUGGCAACUGUGUGCAGUUUUUCUUCGUCCUCCCCACCCCCUUGCUGAGGCUCCACAUCCUCUCUGGCAGCUUGUCACUUCUCUGCAGAUGUCUAGACAGGAGGAUUCAGUGCGUGUCAGUUAUGCCUAAUUCAUUAAAAAAACCCAAACCCUACUGAGAGCUGGGGAUUCUCAGUCCUGCAGACUCAGCUCUGUCUGCGGUGCCCUGUGCUGCCUUGAGGCUAGCUCGGAGCAGAUUAAUUCCACUGAUCAGCAGGAGCAGCGCUCACCUCACCCUCCCGUCCAUAGCAAGGGGGCUUGGGGAAUAGAAGGCAAAUGUGGUCAGGGGCAGUGCUGGCAGUGGGAGCAGAAAAGAGAGGAGAGCAGGUGGAAAGAAGCAUUUGGGCUGAGGUGCAUGCUCCUAACCUCUCCUUGCAGCUCACCCCACCUGUGUGUUCUUGGUGUGCUUAUGUCCUCCAUUGUGUCCAUCAGGAGGUAGCAAAGGGGUGCAAGGUGUCAGAGUCCUCAGUCUAGCAGUCUGCUGUCAGCUUCCUAAUUCUACUGUCCCUACUGCUGCCUCUGAAGGCAGAGCUGGUGUCAGGAAUGACAGCUCCCAUUGCCACAUUAAGGCACAUUUCCAUCAGUAUUUGCAGUCCUGACCUCUGUAUAGGUGCAGCUCUAAAUCAGCCUUCACGGUAGCUCAGAGUAGUUCAGAGCCUCUAGUCCUGAACCAUUAGGUCCCUCUGCUUCCUCACAAUUGCUGGCUCUUCUAGGCUGAAUGCACAGUUAACCUUGUAUUAGAAAGAUUGGAUGUGAGCUGCUGCAUGCUGUCAGUGUCUGAUUUCCCUGGAUGCAGGUAAAGUGCUACAGGGGCUGAGAAGGGACUGAACCCCUAAGUGUUGUGUUGAGGGGACAGAGUUAUCUGUCUGUAUCAGUGGUGCUGAUGGGACAGGUCCUGGUGGGGACAAUUCCUCAAUUUAGCGGCUGCUUUGCAUCUGAGUCCUGGGUUUAGACAACUGGAUGAUUUCCAAUCCUCUUUGUGUUUGCUGUGGGGAAGGGAGCAGGAAAGGUAAGAAUGCAAUGUAUUUUGUGAUGGGCAGUGCUAGGCCCUCUGAAAGAAGCAAGAAUUUAGAAUACCCAAGUUAAAGGUGUAAGGGCAGUGUUUGUCUGCUGUAGCUUAUGAAGACAGCAGCCCUGGUGUCUUAGACAUGCCUGCUGCAGGAGGAUUACUGAUGCAAAAAUACUGCUAGUCAUCUGGUAGUUUAAAGCUUCUUGUUAGACAUCGGCUUCAGAGCCACGGACAGGGUUCAACAAAAGGGGUAGCUCAGCCAAAUUAAUGGGGCCUCCACAAAGCAGUAAGGUGAAAAUUUGCAGGCCUGUAGUGUACUCGGCUGCAUCUCUGGAUGCUGGUACGAGCUGUAUGAGUGGUCCUACUUUGCAACAGCAUAACAGCAGCUAUUGUUACUGCCAGCUCAGCUGUUUGUGUCCCUUGGCUGGUGACGGGAAGGAAGAGUCUGCAGGAACACAGGAGCACAUCUUCUUCCCAGCCCUGCUCCCAGGAGAAAAGAAGCUAUUUGUCCUUGUAUGCACACCCCCACACAUAGCUGGGCAGGGGCUCUUGCCUGUCCCCCCUUAGGCUGCCCCAGUCUAGUCCUGCCCUGAUCUUUAAUGUGUAUUUCGUGUUUCAGUUCUUUGGGAGAGUGCUGAAUUGCCCGAGGCUGCUUACCAGCAAAUGGCCUGUGACUCCUCUUAGAGGGGUUAAAAAUCAGAAUUCUGAUUUCUAGUGUGGGGGAGAUGGAGAUGCACUUGGAAGCAGCGAUUCCUGCCUGUGACUCUACUGUCAAGCUCCUUCUUCCCCAGGUGUCUGUGCUGUUGCUCGGCCCCAGGAUGAGUUCUGCUGUGCUGCUGUGGAAGGCACUGCUUUGGCUCCACCACCCGGAUUAGAGAUCUGAAGCUGCAGGGCACAACAGAGUAGCACCGCCAGCAGCCCCUUCCUGCCUGGGGACAGAGCCAGAGGAGGUCUGCAGGCAAAAAAAGGACUUUGUGCCUGGGAGACAGAACCCCAGCACCAAGAAGGGGGGGAAAACUGCUCCUCUGAAAGGGGAACUGGCAACACAGUGCUACCUUAUUGACCUUGUUUGUGCUGCCCUUUGCUCUGUUAGCGCUGUGACAUGCUGGGAUAGAGGUGAGUGCCCGCAAGGACUUGAUGUCUUAUCCUGAAGGUCUAAUGGCAGCCUUCUGUGGGAGAUGCAGUGCUGUGCACAAAGCAGGGCUUUGUAGCUGGUUUACCAGAAAAGAGGUGCCGGAAUAUCAGCAUAGGGAUAGGGCACACAUGGAAGUGAUGGAUUUAAGCAUGAAUGUAUGUCAGGACUUAGGGCAUGUCACGCCUUACAGUAGGGGAUGUCACCUUAUCCACAGCAAAGACUCAUCCCCAACAUCUGACCAGCUGUACAGGAUGUGUCUUUGCAGUCUCCUAGCCAGCCUGGCAGACACAAAAUCUCCAUCCAGGCUGUCAACAAAAAGCCAUUCUCCAGGGCCUUCCUGGGGAAAGGGCAGGCUCUGAACUUUUCCCUGGAGGAUACUCUGUUCCCUGUUUAUUGCUCAGCAUGCUUCUUUUCACUCUCAGCAAAAUAUGUUUUUUUGUGCAAAGAGAACAGACCUCCCUUUGGGCAGGGAUCAUUUGCAUUAAUUAACAGAGCUGUUAUGCAUGGCCACGCUCUGUUGCAUAGAGGCCAAACAAACGCCUUCUUUUUUUUGUCAUAACCUAAGAGUUAUUACAAGUCAACCACCGCAUCCAUUAUAGCUGAUGCGUAACACGUGCAUUCAUGCUGCUGCGUGCUCCACAAAAGUGGGCUUGUAUUUACUUCCCCGCGCUGGAGCUCUGGACACUGCUUUACUGUCUCUCGAGGUCCAGGCACUGUUCCUCAUUAAUUAUAUCUUAGCGGUGCUCAUAGACCUUCAUUUCCUGGGAAUGAAGUUUUACAAGGAAAUAAGGAGUAUUCAGUGUUGCCAAUGAAGCUGAGAGUUUGGGCACGGGGAGCAGCACAAGCAGCAGUGGGGUGUCCUUUCCCUUUUUCCCCACUGAUCAUAUUCUGAUCCAUUAAAGCAAAAGAGUUCUGGUGGGAACAAGUUAUUGCAGAUUAGAGGGGACACUGGGAAGUGGGACUGAAGGGGCUGUACCCAUGGCAAACCUCAGGCCAGACCCAUGCCAGCGCUCCCUGCGCUUUGGAAGGGUGACCUUUUCCCAAGGUGGGUGAGUGAGCUGCUCUUUGAGGGAGGGACGGCUGAAGCUGUAGUGAAAAAUCAUCAAGCAGAGCUGGUUCAGGCUGCCUGUGGGUCAGGUCAGCUGUGGGCUGUCCCCUGGUGUGUGGAUGCUCUUGGGAGCCUGGUGGCAGUGCGGUGACUGGGAUGGCAUCUCCCUUUGGCCCUGCUCCCUGCUGGGUCACAUCAGAGACAGUGACGUGAUGGUGUAGCUCAGGGUGCUGCACAGCGGUGUGGGUGAGGGAGGCACCAGCCCUUCAGAGCUCUGUGAGGUGCAUGCCAUCCCUUGCUGUGACAGUAGGGUGGUGUGGGUGGAGCGGGAGUGAGCAAUAGCUGGUCUCUACCCCCUCACCAGGGGAAUCAUUGCAAGGAAAGAUGAUGUCACCCUUGUCACUCUGCAUUUGCACUUGUUCAGAGUUGUGCAAUGACUCAGUGGCAGGGCUGGGAAGAGAGCCCAGCACUUCGGACCCUCUUUGGAAAUGUGUUUGAUUACUGUGAUGCCAGUGCAUUGGCUACAGCAACCUUCAGUCUGGUCUGCUCUCUGUGUCUCUCCCCUGACCGCUGGAGUGGAGUUGUGUGCUCCCCCUGCCUGGCUGGGGUGGCAAACCUUUCCUCAGAAGUCUCCAAGAGCACAAGGAGAAGCAAUCCCAUCUUUUUCCUGCUCUUCUGUCCUGUCCUAUGUUGUCCCCCCCGGGUCCUCCCACCACUGUGGAGCUGGGAGCUCCUGUCCCUGGCUAUCAGCACCCAGAAUAGGUGGUGCGAGUGCCCUCAAUUAGAGCUGGGGCGUGAUUAAAUACUGAUGGGGAGAAGUAUGCCUCAGCAGUGCAUUAAAAAGGUAGACCAGCUCAAGCAGGUCUGGAAGACCCUCAGGCUUGCAGCUAGGGAGAGGAGUAAAAGCAAGAAGGCACUGUCUGUGCCACUGAACCAGAUCUGGGAAAGGAGCUCUUGAGCCCAGGUAGAGAUGCUAAUAAUUAUAAACCACUUUUGUGCAGGCAGCUCUCAUCCAGCAGUGUCCAUGCACGUGAAUUAACACACUGAGGGUGCCCUAGAGAUGUGGCAGCUUUCUGAAAAGCUCAGCUGAGGGGUGUUGGAAGAGAGGGCCAGUUAGCUCAGGGUUUCUUCUUUCCUGUCAAAGGCACAAUAGCAUCCUACUCAUUACUGGAAAGCAUCAACAGGUGUUGCCUUUGUUGUGUGCCCGUGAGUCUUCCCUGCUGACAGUGAAAUGAGGAAUCUCGUAUCACGUGGGAUGAUACAAAUAGAAGAGGGCAUUGCAGGCUUCUCUCCUGCUCAGGAAAGAUGUUUAUUCAUCUUUUUUCCUCCCCCAGACUCUAGUACAUGUUACAAUUGCUAUUUAAAAACGGAUAGCUGCAUUCGGGGCUGAGCCGGUACAGCAUGGUAGAUUUCUAUUUUUAGGCUCGGCACGGCUGGCAAUGUGUAGGUGUCGUGAGGAGCACAGAGACUGAGGGGAUUCUCUCACCGCAGGGAUGCGGGGGUAGGCGCACGAGUGCAGCACACGGGCUUUUUUUUCUUCAAGCUGCCUUUUUCUCCUGCUUCCUCCUUCUCCUUGCUCUUGCUGCUCAGUCAUCCUCUCUUCAUUCUCCCACCUCUCCUUCUGGUGCUGCUGCAGGGGGACAGUCAGACGCCUUUCAAAACACCAUGAGCAGCCUAGAUGCAAACAGAAUGGAAAGAGAAAAUAUCUUUGCGCAAAUAAAUGCCCUUAUUCCUUGAUUUAGGCAAUGUUUGAGCUCUACAAGCUGAUCAAGUUCAUACUCCUGUUCCCUGCCGGGGCUGUCCCAGAUUGUGUGGAAGGACUGUCCCACUCCAUGCUCAGUGGCGUGUAGGUGUGCAUGCAGACUGAGUUCUGCAUUGGGUCCCAGCGGCCUGAUCAGCAUCACUGAUCUUUGCUGUCCGCUUCUUCUGUCAGCCUUGUCAAACCAAAACUACCUGAGGUUCAAAGUUACCCCUUGAAGGACAGCCAGCGUCUCAGCUGGGAUGCUUCCAGGGAGAUCUAGGAGCUCUGUGUUGCCCAGAUCACCUGCUAGGCCAGCGCUGAACAGGAGUCUGUGGUGCUGGAGCAGGACUGUUUGGUGCAGCCUUGAGGCUGGGUGAGCCUGGGUAGAGGAUGCUGGAGGGAAGUGGAGAUCAGGAUAUUAAAAUGCAUGUUUCCCAUUCCCUAACGGACCACCUGGGAAUCCCCAGCCUCUCCCCAAAAAGGGGCUUGGAAUAUAAAAUGGCAGGAAGAGUUGAACCCCUGGUCUGCAGGAGUCUGGACUGGGACUGUAGAGCUCUGUGCUGCAGCUGCCUUUGCCCGCUGCCUUAUCCUUCUGAAUUGUGUGGGCACAGGAAAGACAGCAGCUCUCCAAGCUGAACUUUUGAAGGCAGAUGUAUUCAUUACAAAUCUCCUAGCGUCUUCUGGAAGCUGGAAGGGAACAGCCACCACUCGAAGAGCUGUGGUCCAUAACAUUGCUCUUGGGAGUGUGCCUUGUUAGGCAGAUUUGGAGAUGGUGCAUAUGUUGUAGAGCAGUACCCUUCUGAAGGCAGGUAAGGAGGAUUUCGAUCCAAAGAUGAACACAGUUGGGAAGCAGUGUCACAGCUGAGAAGAGUCUGAGCAUCGCUUUCUAUUACUUGUGUUCCUCCAGAGACUAUCUCCUCCCCAUCAUGGGUUUAUGAGCUGGAUGAUGUUUCCCCGGCAGGGGCUGGUUGGGUGGGAGGUGUUCUUGAAUGGGGUCUUUGAGCAAUGGCAGGUAUACUUGGGGACAGUGGGAAAUAUCUGGGGCUAGAGCUAUUCCUGCCUGGGUAAUGCUUUGGUUUUCCUCCGUAUCAGUGCUGGUGAGAAGGGAAGCACACCAUCUACUACCUGCAGCCAUGGAAGGGGGUGUGCAGCUCCUCAACCGUGAUGGCCACAGCAUCUCCCACAACUCCAAGCGGCACUAUCACGACGCCUUCAUGUGCAUGAACCGCAUGCGACAACGCGGGCUGCUCUGUGACAUUGUGCUCCAUGUGGGCACCAAGGAGAUCAAGGCCCACAAGGUGGUGCUGGCGUCAUGCAGCCCAUACUUCCACGCCAUGUUCACAAAUGAGAUGAGCGAGAGCCGCCAGACCCAUGUGACUCUGCACGACAUUGACCCACAGGCCCUGGAGCAGCUGGUGCAAUAUGCUUACACAGCUGAGAUUGUGGUGGGCGAGGGGAAUGUACAGACACUUCUUCCUGCUGCCAGCCUGCUUCAGCUCAAUGGUGUGCGGGAUGCUUGCUGCAAGUUCCUACUCAGCCAGCUCGACCCAUCCAACUGCCUGGGGAUCCGGGGUUUUGCUGACACGCACUCGUGCAGCGACCUCCUCAAGUCUGCACACAAGUAUGUCCUCCAACACUUUGUGGAGGUGUCCAAGACGGAGGAGUUCAUGUUGCUGCCUCUUAAACAGGUGCUGGACCUCAUUUCUAGUGACAGCCUCAAUGUGCCAUCAGAGGAGGAGGUAUACCGGGCUGUGCUCAGCUGGGUCAAACAUGAUGUGGACAGCAGAAGACAGCAUGUCCCCAGGCUUAUGAAGUGUGUGCGGCUGCCCCUGCUGAGCCGGGACUUCCUCAUGAGCAAUGUGGACACGGAGCUGCUGGUGCGGCAUCACUCGGAGUGCAAGGACCUGCUGAUCGAAGCCCUCAAGUACCACCUCAUGCCAGAGCAGAGAGGGGUCCUUAGCAACAGCAGGACGAGGCCACGGCGUUGCGAGGGGGCCAGCACUGUGCUGUUUGCUGUGGGUGGGGGGAGCCUGUUCGCCAUCCAUGGGGACUGUGAGGCCUAUGACACACGGACGGACCGGUGGCACAUGGUGGCCUCCAUGUCGACUCGCAGGGCCAGAGUGGGCGUUGCUGCCAUUGGGAACAAGCUGUAUGCUGUGGGCGGCUACGAUGGGACCUCUGAUUUGGCCACAGUGGAGUCCUACGAUCCUGUCACCAAUUCCUGGCAACCUGAGGUAUCCAUGGGCACGAGGAGGAGCUGCCUGGGUGUAGCAGCGCUUCAUGGGCUUCUCUAUGCUGCUGGAGGGUACGAUGGGGCCUCAUGUCUGAACAGCGCAGAGCGGUACGACCCUCUGACAGGCACCUGGACAUCCAUCGCUGCCAUGAGCACGAGGAGACGCUACGUCCGGGUGGCAACACUAGAAGGCAACCUCUAUGCUGUUGGGGGAUAUGACAGCUCAUCCCACUUAGCCACAGUAGAAAAGUAUGAGCCCCAGAUCAACACCUGGACGCCCAUUGCCAAUAUGCUAAGCCGCCGGAGCAGUGCAGGAGUGGCCGUGCUGGAGGGGAUGCUCUAUGUGGCUGGUGGCAACGAUGGGACCAGCUGCCUUAACUCUGUUGAGCGCUACAACCCCAAAACCAACACGUGGGAGAGUGUGGCACCCAUGAACAUCCGUAGGAGCACCCACGACCUGGUGGCCAUGGAUGGGUGGCUGUAUGCAGUGGGUGGCAACGAUGGGAGCUCCAGCCUCAACUCCAUUGAGAAGUACAACCCCCGUACCAACAAGUGGGUAGCAGCCUCGUGCAUGUUCACACGCCGCAGCAGCGUGGGGGUGGCUGUGCUGGAACUCCUCAACUUCCCGCCCCCCUCCUCGCCCACCUUGUCGGUGUCUUCGACAAGCCUUUGACAAAGAGUCAGGAUCUACCUUACCUCAAGGGGACAGGGGUGCCUGGCGGAGUGCUAGGCCAGCAUGGCCCGCCCCGCGGGGCAGCCGCUCGCUGUAGGAGGAGAGUGAAGGUACCGGCUGCUGCCUCCAG